CAAUCAUCUCAACGUCGCUCUCUACUUAUUACUCUUAUUAAUAUGCUGCUUGCUGCGGUCGCUCCGCUAUACCUCGCCGCCGUUGCUGGUGCUCAGGUCACCGUUUACGGCCAAGCACCGUUGUGGCAAACAGCUUCAGCAGCCACCCCAACAGCUUCUCCCAAUGCCUAUAACGAUACCGUCCUCGCUCCUCCGCCUGUCCCAAGCCCCCCACCGACCACCAACUAUAACCUCCCACUCCUGAAAGCUUCCACUUCGGUUGCCAACCUUUCCAUACCCCAUGUCGGGGGGUCUUUUUUUGGCUUUUCCAUUGAAAUGUCCGUCAUCAGUCAAGUCCUUGGCAAAAAUUCAUCCCUCCUUGGAGUCCCUAUGUUAAAUCUCAUAUCGAACUUGCAAGAACGCUCUGGCGGCGUCCUCAUCCGAUUGGGGGGGAAUACACAAGAGUUCGCGGCACUGGUGGACCACAUCGAUGGUGGUCACACCUUUGCAAAGGUCGACUCUGGCUCAACGCAAACGACCAAAACACCUGCAGUUCUGUAUACCCUUGAUAUGUUUUACAUGGCGAGCAAUAUCUCGUCGAUGUUGAAUGUGAAAUGGUUUUUGGGCAUCCCAUUCAAUGAUACAAAUUGGCGCCUCGAAAUAGCCGAAUAUGGUCAGCAAAUUCUCGGUGACAACCUUCUUGGGCUCCAAGCGGGAAAUGAACCCGAUUUCUACGCAACGUUUGGUCGACGCAACGAAUCCUAUCAACCCCAAGACUAUUUCGGUGAAAUUGCUACCUUGAUCCAGACAAUCGAGGGCAACCCCAAAAUUCCCAACAAGAACAUGCUCAUUGGUCCCAGUGUCGCCACAGGACCUUGGACUCCGGAACAGGUAUGGGCCACGGGUUACAUCGAUGCCUACAAAGCCAACAUGUAUUGCUUCUCAGUGGAACAUUAUCCGAAUAACAAUUGCGCAGCGAAUUUUAAUACUGGACAAGCCAUUAUUGACCCCGAAACUAUCUUUCCCGACUACCUCAAUCACGGUGGCGUUCAAAAUCUUGUUAACCCAUACAUCAACUCUGCAAAUCUGGCGACGGCUGCGGGAAAGCCCUUCAUCAUGUUUGAGACCAACACAGCUUCAUGUGGUGGUUUUGCUGGGAUUUCGGACAGCUAUGGAGCCUCGUUGUGGGCGAUAGAUUAUGGAUUCCAGCUGGCCUUUGGAAAUUUCACUCAUGCAUUGCUGCAUUUUGGUGGGCAGAAUGCAUUUUAUAACCCUUUCACAGCGCCUCCUACUAAUCAGUCUACGUUCAACGAGUGGACGCUUGGUGCUGUCUAUUAUUCCACCCUCGUUCUUGCGGAAGCUUUCGGUAAAACCAAUACCUCGCAGGUCGUUGACCUUCAAGCCAAUGCCGCUAGCCCUUAUACACCAGGAUAUGCCAUUUACGAACAGGGAACGCUAUCAAAGGUCGCAUUAAUCAAUUAUAUCAGCGAUGCCACUGGAGCCAGCAGCCUCCUUGUCUCUGUUUCUGUUGAUACUGGCGGCGUGCCUGCUAGUGUUCGAGUAAAAUACCUUACAUCCGACUCUGUAUCCACCAAAGCUAACAUUGCAUGGGCAGGCCAGUAUUUCGGUGGUAAAUUCCAGGUUGACGGUCGGUUCAAGGGAACUUUGAACGUCACCACGGUUAAUUGCGACCAGACUGCCAAUGUUUGCCGUAUUCCUGUUCCUUCUCCAGGUUUCGCACUGGUCUUCAUGAAUUCAGCUGACCCGAUGAUCGCUGAAAGCCAAGCGCAGAAAACCUUCGCAACGACUGCGCGCACCAGGACUGUCAACACGGUAACUGUUGAUCCAACGGUGCUAGCAACAUCAAAUGGGCAUUCUGCGGACAUCAGGGGAUCUUUGGGGAGUACAACUCAUGGAUCGAUUUCCAGUACAUCUGGAAUGAAUUCUCUGCUUCCGGGCGCGACAGUGUUGCUUUCAGCAGUACUUGGAGCGUUCGUUGUCACGAAAGGGUUUGCGCGGUAGAGAACAUGAAUAAUCGGAAACGGAUUUUUUGCUCUCCCUACAAGAGAGGAAAUUUCUCUCGCUGGAGCCUAGAUACCAUCUGUAUAUUUUCGAUUCCCUUUCGACGGGUACUUGCCACAUGCACAUUCCACAUUAUUCUGAGGAGUCAUUUGUUGCACCCCGCCCAUAAGUAGCUUCAAGUGGACACAUUUUGGUGGCCAUUAUGAAGUAUAUCAGCCUGCUUCGAAUGUAUAUUCUACGUUUUG